CACUAGCAAAGGGUCCCUUUGAAGGAAAGCUAGAGGAGUCCCUUCAAAACUAGCUCCAAAUUAAAGACUUAAUUUGAUUAGAGAUAUAAGCACCGAGGGAGAGAGAUAUCAACUCAUCUCCCGUUCCCCCCUGCCCCUCCUUCUAAAGAUUCUUAAACUCCCAUAUCUCUCUUCAUCAUCAGUUACAAAUUCAGCUUCUCCACUUUUUCUCUCUUCCCUUUCAUUAUCACAGGAAACAAUCCUAAAUUCUUUCUCAAGGGCCCUCUCAUGGCGCGUGAAAUCGGAGGAGUCAGAUAUGAAGAGGAAUAUAUAUUGAACUCAAGAGGAAUGAAACUUUUCACGUGCAGAUUCCUGCCUGCAAAUCACGAACCAAAAGCUUUGAUCUUUCUGUGCCAUGGCUAUGCCGCCGAGUGCAACACCACUAUCAAAGGGACGGGAGUUCGGCUGGCGAAACAAGGAUUUGGUGUAUAUGGAAUGGAAUAUGAAGGGCAUGGAAGAUCAUCAGGGCUUCCUGGCUAUAUCCCUUCCUUUGAUGAUCUUGUUACAGACUGCUCUGUUCAUUAUACAACCAUUUCUGAAAAGAAGGAAAACAAGAAAAAGUUGAAAAUUUUGCUGGGAGAAUCCAUGGGAGGUGCAGUAGCUCUCCUAUUGCACAGGAAGAAGCCAACUUUCUGGGAUGGUGCUGUUUUGGUUGCACCCAUGUGUAAGAUAGCUGAUCAUAUGAAGCCAAACGCACUUACGAUUAGUGUACUGAAAAUGCUAUGCCAUAUCAUUCCAACCUGGAAAAUUAUUCCGACAGAAGAUGUUAUUGAUGCCGCUUUCAGAGACCCUCAAGUAAGAAAAGAGAUUCGGUCAAACCCAAAUUGCUACAAAGGCCGACCCCGCUUGAAGACCGCCAAGCAACUUCUGGACGUCAGCUUAGAUCUGGAGCAAAGACUUCAAGAGGUUUCAUUGCCAUUUCUAGUAGUCCACGGUGGAGACGAUAAAGUGACCGAUCCGUCUGUGAGCAAGCUUCUGUAUGAGUCUGCUUGCAGCACCGAUAAGACGUUCAAGUUGUAUGAAGGGAUGUGGCAUGGCCUCACUUACGGCGAGUUACCGGAGAACAUCGAUAUUGUGUAUUCCGACAUUAUUGCUUGGUUGGAUGACAGAGUCGCCAUGAGGAAUUCAAGGUCGGAGAAUGAACAAAAGCUCGAAAAUGAUAACUUGCUCAAAGCCGAGUCCAGCGAAGAAAGUUCGAUAGAAACUUGAAAUAGAAGUUUGGUUGCGAUUAUUGAGGUCUUGGUUUCGAGUCUAUUAUUGGGUUUCACUCUCCGAUGUUGUAUGUACUGUGCACCCAACCAGCAAUUCCAUGAUUUACCAAUUUAUUCUACUUAA